AUGGAUAACAAUAUUGUGAUUAAAAAAUAAUGGUUCAUAAAAUCCUCCACAAGUAAAAUUGAAGAUGCUUAUGAAUUUGAUCACAAGAAGCUGCUUGGUUAAGGGACUUAUGGUUAAGUGGUAAAGGCAAAACUAAAGGGUUCUAAAUAUUAUAGAGCAAUCAAAAUAAUUCCCAAAAGCAAGGUUAGAAACCCUGAUCGAUUCAGAAGGGAAAUAGAGAUAAUGAGAAAUUUAGAUCACCCAAAUAUCAUUAAACUAUUUGAGACUUUUGAGGACAAUAGAAAUGUGUACUUAGUGAUGGAAUUAUGCGAAGGAGGUGAACUCUUUGACCGAAUAAUAGACAAGGGUCAUUUUUCUGAGAAUGAAGCUAAGAUCACUAUCUUGUAAAUUAUGCAGGCAGUCAACUAUUGCCAUCAGAAUGGAAUUUGUCAUCGUGAUUUAAAACCUGAAAAUUUUUUAUUGUUGACAAAAGCCGAUGAUUCACCACUAAAAGUCAUUGAUUUCGGUUUGUCUGUUAUAUUCCACGACAAUCACGUUGAAAAUAUGACAACUAGAGCAGGAACACCAUAUUACAUAUCUCCUGAGAUUUUGGAUGGAAAAUAUGAUGAAUCUUGUGAUAUUUGGUCAGGAGGAGUGAUCCUGUAUAUUCUUUUAUCAGGAGUACCUCCAUUUUAUGGGAAUACAGAUCCUGAAAUUCUAGAUGCCGUUAAGAAGGGCAUUUUCACAUUUAACAUACCUGAGUUCAAGAAGGUGUCAGAAGGUGCCAAAGAUUUGAUAUCAAAAAUGAUAUGCAAGCCAGAGAAACGAUUGAAAUCUCAUGAAGUUCUUUAGCACCCAUGGAUGAAGUAACAAACAGCUGGUAAUUCCUCUUUAAGCGUUAAUUAUCAAUCUUUAAAGAAUUUCACCAACUUUAAUAAAUUAAAAAAGGUUACAUUGACUUAUAUAGCAUCUUAAUUAUCGGAGUAGGAAAUCUCAGAGUUAGGAAAAUUGUUCAAACAAUUGGAUAAGAAUGGAGAUGGUGUUUUGACUAUGGAUGAAUUGACUCAUGGAUUGACAGGUCUCAAGAAGGAGUCCUAGAAUGAGAUUAUGAGUGUGAUCAAAAGCAUUGAUACUGAUGGUUCAGGUACUAUUAAUUACACAGAGUUCUUGGCAGCCACCAUAGAGAAAAGUGUGUAUAUGAAAUAAGAGAGACUCUUCUAGGCAUUCAAGAUGUUUGAUUUGGAUGGAAGUGGUAAGAUCUCAAGGGAAGAAUUGAGAUAGGUUUUAGGAAAGACUGGCUCUGGGUUUGAUGACAACACUUUCAAAGCCUUGAUUGCAGAUGCUGAUAAAGAUGGAGAUGGAGAAAUUGAUUACAAUGAGUUUAUAGAGAUGAUGGACAAAAUGAAACCAUGA